CAUCCGUGACAUGGAAUGUCAUUGUCACGCCGUGUCCCCACAGAGAACUGUUUCAUCCGACAGAAGAAGGACAAUCCCAUCACGGUCAAUGAGCGCAUCGACCUCGCCUGCAAACCAGGGGUGGACUAUGUGUACAAAGUGAAGGUGGUGGCCACGGAGGAGACGCCGUCCCACGACAACUACAUCAUGAGCAUCGUGUCCGUCAUCAAGAUGGGAACCGACGAGGACCCGAGUGGGAGCAACCGGACGUUCGUGAGCCACAAGCAAUGUCGCGACGCGCUGAGCCUCCAGAUGGGGCAGGACUACCUGGUGUGGGGGCUGGCGUCUGAUCUGUGGGUCACCGGCAGCCGCUUCUCGUACCUGAUCGGGAAGGACACGUGGUUGGAGGCCUGGCCCUUGGAGGACUCGUGUCAGGACCCCGACCUGCAGCCCCUGUGCCAGGACUUCAUCGAGUUCUCGGACGCCAUGACCAUCUUCGGGUGCCCCACAUGAUAAGGGGGGGGGACCCCAAAACCCCAUUAGGGUCUCCCUCCCCCCCCCACCCCCCAAUGUCACCCCCAUUCUUUGUUUUAUAGGGUGGGGGGAUGUGGUUAAAGAUGGUCCAACUGAU